UCCGCAAGUCGAUGCCCAACAUCGUUGCCAAGCUCAGCUCCGCUCCCCAGGGAGCCAACGUGAAGAGCGUCGACCCCACCUCCCCCUCGUCGCCCUCGACUACAGCAGCGCCCUCGUCGACUCCCGGCAGCUCAACCAUGCAGGCCGGGCUCAUCUUCGGCAUGGCCAUCGGCUUCCCGGGAGCAGUGAUCAUGGUGGUCUUGUCGGGGAGGUACGCGCUGCAUCGAUCCAAGGACGGAAAGAAAGCAGAGGUGAUCGACCCCAACGUGUCGGGUGAGAUUGUGCUCAAGAUCGACGGGGAGCUGGAGAACGUGGACAAGGAGAUGGACGGGAGCGGCCGAGAAGGUGAGCAAGGAGUUCUCAUGGAGCUACAGCGGUACGGGGCUUCCAGUCCUUCCAUGACUGUGACCGACGGGUCAGUGUCACCGGUGAGAUCAGUGUCUCCGGUCAGAAGCAUCGAGUCUCCGACCAACUUCCAGGACAUGAUCGAGAGAAGAAUAGCAGACUGGGGAUCAUACAGAGAGAAGUUUCCGGCUCGUCUCAAGUUCACGAGCGACAUCAUCUACGAUGUAGACGAAGACGAAGAGUUGAGAGACAUGGCAAGCCGAGGGUCACAAGAAAUUCAAGAGGAGACGCGCAGCAUGCAUUAAUGCUCUUUGUACUUGUUUACCUGUGUAAUUGCUUACAGUCAAUUGCCUUUUGUGAUAUAUAGUCUAGUGAACGAUAUUUAACUUUAAUGAAGUCAAAAACUUG